GUUUUAAUAGCAGGCACAUUCAAAGGCAUGAAGAUCAAACCAGGAUCUUUUGGAAAGGCAUCACCAGGAUAUGAUGUUCAGGUGGUGGAUGAAGAUGGUUCUGUUGUGCCACGAGGACAAGAGGGAGACCUCGGCAUCAGAGUCAAACCAGAGAGACCCUUCUCUCUUUUUUACAGAGGGGAGCCAGAGCGUACGGCAGAAUGUUUCCGAGGCGAUUUCUACCUGACUGGUGACAGGGGAAUGAUGGACGAUGAAGGAUACCUGUGGUUCAUCGGCAGAGCUGAUGAUGUCAUCCUGUCUGCAGGGUACCGCAUUGGUCCAUUUGAGGUGGAAAACGCUUUGAUAGAGCAUCCAGCCGUAGCAGAAUCUGCUGUGGUCAGCAGCCCUGAUCCAGUUCGAGGAGAGGUGGUGAAGGCUUUUGUAGUGCUGACAGCAGAUUAUAAAUCAAGAAACCAUAAGGAACUGAUCCAGGAACUGCAAACACAUGUGAAGACUGUGACAGCUCCUUAUAAAUAUCCACGCAAGAUUGAGUUUGUGGAUCAUCUUCCCAAGACAGUGAGUGGGAAAAUCAGGCGAGUGGAGUUAAGAAAGAAGGAAUGGGGACAGCAAACCAGCAAACAAAUCUGGAAAUGAGAAAACUGAUUUCUGAACAAAUCACAUUCCACCUUUUUGUAUCCAACAUUCCCAGAUGUCUUCCCAGUUUAAUGCACCACAUAUAAGACUUUCAUCUCACCUGCAGGUGGAGGCAUUUCAUAAGAAUCAAGCUGCAGAACUCAUUUCUAAUUUCAUGCAUCAAACAUUUUAUAUGAUUAUACCUCAUGUUCAAUCAUGUUUAAGUGGAGUAACUCAGAAUUUAUAUGCCUUGCAGUUCAAAUGCAUUUAAUUCUUUUCAUAUUAAAUUUUUGAUCAUAUUCAGCAUAUGCAAAACCUAAAUGUGAAUUAAUUUGUAACAAAAUAAGCAUUUAUAUAAUGAAAAAACAGUUUUUUUCAGUAAUUAAUAAAA